AUGCCGUUGUUGAACGAGGAAGUAGUGCGAAUGAGCUCUGAUGAAUACUGGCAAGAUAUAAAAGACGAAUACCUUCAGAAACUGGCGAGUACAGACCCUGCCGAAAUUUAUCCUAGCAACAAUCCUGGUCCAGAGACUCCUGAUGGGAAAGUUAACUUUGAAUGUCAUUGUGUCGGACAUCUCGUGGGUAGUCCCUGCGGUUUUGAAUUUCGAGAAGCAAUCACUUGCCAGAAAUCUAGUGACGAGAGUCAGAUGGAGCAGGGAGCUUGUGGAAAAGAACUUCUUUCUUUUAUGGAGUGUGUAACGAGGACGCAAUGCUUCAACACAAAUGGAAACGGCGAUGAUAAAGCAAAGUCAUGA